AUGGGGAAAGGUCAAUCUCUCAAGGAUGCUAAGGAGAUAGCACAGAGUGGUUUUCAUAGGAAUCCAACCAAAAGGACACCUACCGUUCAGCUAACGGACACGCUGUUGGGGCCACCACAACAGUCUACUCAAAGAGCAGCCAUCACAGGGAAUGGACCGUUUUGGCAUAUGGGGAGUGGACUCACAUCAGGCGUUGUGUAUUUCAUCCAACACCAGUGUACCCAAACAUGGAAGAUGAAAAAUUGCGUGUUCAACACUGCUGCCUCGAUUCCGUACAACCAUGAUUUAUGUGAAAACCUCAUUGGGAAAAGAAUGAAAGUUGGUAGGAAAGGGACACAGUGCUACCUUCCUACAUUCACUGCGCGUUGCAUACACCUCCAGACACCCACUCGGGCAAUCUGGAAAGAAACUAACAAGAACGCCACUGGCAUCGAUUAG